GGGUUUCAGGAGCUCCCGUCCAGCCGGAUCCAGUCCGGCUCUUGCAGGUUUCUUGUCCCGCACCGAAGGUGUUGAACUGCAGCCGCACACACUCCCCUCACACACACUCUGAGCUCUCAUUGAACGGCAGCAGACACACACUCAGGAGUCCUCCGAGUCUUGUUUUUGGUGCUUCUCUCAGCCUGCAGACAUGAUACCAAAGGCUCGUCUGGGGAAGCGUUCUCCUCUUGGGGCACUCGUGACCUCGACCUGUCCGGGGACCAACCUGGAGACUGGUGAGACUGUGGUGACGAUGGCGGCAGCGGGACAGCAAGCGACAAGCAGAGCAGACGGCCAUCUUGGAUUAAAGAUGUAUUUCCAGUGUGGAGGAGCAGGUGAGUCUUCAGUCGACAGCUCGCCUUCAUCCUGCAGCAGAUCCGUGUCCUCCAGCAUCGAUGUCCCAAAAAGUCAGAGGAGUCCUCAUGAGGUGGACAUGAACGAGCUGAUGGCAGCGAUGGUUCUCAGCAGUUUGUCCUGCAGCCCGCUGCUGCACAGCCCCGCCCAGCCUGACCUCACAGCAGCUUCGAUGGAAUGUGGCGGCGGCGAGCUCUCCGACAGCGGCUACUGGAGCGUCGGCCACGUUCACCGAAGCCCAGCUCCUUCCCCGCCAAUCAAAGAGUCCGACGCCACCCCGGCCACGCCUCCUGAUGAGGGUGUUGACAUGGAGCUGGACCAGGUGCUGUUUGAUGAGCCAGCACCACGGAAACGCCGGAACUCGGUGAAGGUGGCGUACAGGUGUCUGUGGCCGAGCUGCGGUAAAGUGCUGACGUCUGUGGUGGGAAUUAAACGCCACAUCAGGACGACGCACCUGUGCCGUGGUGGCGAACAUGAGCGCUGUUCCCGCAGUGAGGAGGAUUUUUACUACACUGAGAUCAACCAAUGGGAGCAUCCGCAGCAGCGGCCUCCUCCCCAUUCUGGACACAGCGGCUCCUCCCCCGCC